AUGUCUCUUACCGGCCGUUCGUUCAGCUCAUCCCUUUUGUCGGCAGUCCCUCCGGCUGUCUCACGGGCCAUCGACGGCCUGCACAACAACGGCUGGCACACGUCCCUGUUGGGACGAUCGGCCCCUAUCAUGGGCGUCUCCACUGCCACGGGCGCCUACGCGCUCGUGCUCGUCGUCGCGUUCCUGUGCGGCUACGCGCUCGGCGCUCGGCAUGGUCCUGCCUUCCGUCAGGGCGCUGCAAAAAAAGUGGGACCCGCCCCAGCCCCGGCCCCUCCUGUCCGUGCAGCGUGCACCCCACCGCCACUGCCAACACACGCACCAGGAAGCCAAGAAGACCAUGAGGCGGUCCUCCGUUGGGCAAGCAACAUUAUUUGCACGUACUCCUACAAGACAAAGGAGGAGCGCAUUGCCAUCAGCAAGGCCCGACGCACAGCGGCUCGUGCUGCAGCCGAGGGGGCUUGA